UAGAGCUCCAUCUCAUCUCUCCUCUCUCUUCUGUUUGCCCGGCUCUCCGACGCCGUCCCAUUUUCAUUCUCACCAUACUACAGAAUCUGCAGUCUGUUUCCUCCUCUACGCACCCCAUCACCAACACAAGAAAAGCUUGCUAUGGCACAGGGAGUAGGUAUGUUUACUGUGCCCCAGACUAUCGGCAGCGUCUUAUGCUGCAGGUGUGGCAUAUUGAUGCAACCGAAUGCUGCAAAUAUGUGUGCCAACUGUCUGCGCUCUGAAAUUGACAUAACCGAAGGUCUUCAGAAGCAUGUUAUCAUCAUAUUUUGCCCUGAGUGUAACUCCUUUCUGCAACCUCCGAGGACUUGGAUCAAAGCCGAACUUGAGUCGAAAGAGCUGCUCACAUUCUGUGUCAAGAGGCUGAAGAAUUUGAACACUGUUCGAAUGGUGCAUGCAGAGUUCAUUUGGACAGAACCUCAUUCCAAGAGGAUUAAAAUCAAGUUGAAGGUUCAGAAAGAGGUUCUUCAUGGAGCAAUACUUGAACAGGCUUACACUGUUGAAUAUGUAGUGCAAGAUCAGUUGUGUGAAUCUUGUGCGAGGGUUCAGGCUAAUCCAGAUCAGUGGGUUGCUGCAGUACAAUUGCGACAGCAUGUUCCUCACAGGCGCACAUUUUUCUACCUGGAGCAGCUUAUCCUUAAGCACGAUGCCGCUAAAGAUGCCAUCAGAAUUACACAGAUGGAUCAGGGUAUUGACUUCUUCUUUGGUAAAAGAAGUCAUGGUGUGAAGUUUGUCGAGUUUGUUGGUAAAGUAGCACCAACUAGGAGCAGAACUGAUAAGCAACUUGUGUCUCAAGACUCGAAGAGCAAUACUUAUCAUUAUAAGUACACUUUCUCUGUUGAAAUUAGUCCUAUCUGUCGUGAAGAUCUGAUUUGUCUUCCACCUAAACUCUCUGUUAGUUUGGGAAAUCUCGGGCCACUAGUGAUAUGCACUAAAGUAACCAACACCAUAGCUCUGUUAGAUCCACGGACCCUUAGGCAAUGCUUCCUGGAUGCUGAGCAGUACUGGAGAUCAUCUUUUAAGGCUUUAUUGUCAAGCAGACAGCUUACAGAAUACAUGAUCAUAGAUAUGGAGGAGAUUCGUUCUGAAGAAAAUGUUGGUGGGUCAAGAUAUGUUUUGGCCGAUGCACAUGUAGCACGCGUAUCAGAUUUGGGGAAGAAUGACCGACAUUUCAUUGUGAGAACUCAUUUGGGGCAUCUCUUGAGUUGUGGGGACUAUGCUCUUGGUUAUGACCUGUAUAGUGCCAAUAGUAAUGAUUUUGAAUUGGACAAAUACAGAGGUGUUAUUCCAGAUGUGAUAUUGAUUAAAAAGAGCUACGAGGAGAAGCGCCAACAGAGACAGCGCAAGUCUCGUUCAUGGAAGCUCAAGUCACUUAACAUGGAGGUCGAUGAUGGUACCAGAGGCAGAGAACAUGAGGAGAAGAUGAACACUGAGUACGAACAUUUCUUGAGAGAUCUGGAGGAAAAUCCUGAUUUGAGAUUCAAUCUGUCUCUGUACCGCAAUAAGGAAUACGAGCCAUCAAUGGGUUCUGUGGCUGAUGGAGAGGAUGUUCCUUCUGUUCCAUUGGAUGAGUUGCUUGCAGAUCUUGAUCUAUCCGAUGAGGAAGCCGAGGAGGAUGAAAUGGUGGAAUGAGUUUGGAUUCAUGUCUAAUAUCAAGGACCGAACAUUUCAAGUGUGUUUAUACAAGCACCGUGGCUGCUGUCUGAGUUCUCAUUUUUCUCUGCAUAUUGGUUGUGCCUGGUGACAAUCUGUACUUCUCAUUCGAUAUUUGACCUGUUUAGUUUGUCUUGUGUUUCUGUGUUUGUUGUUUAGUUUGCAGUCGGAGAGGGUCAGAGGAUUGUUUCUUAUUUUCAAUACAUUUAAUAGGGAGUGAAUUGUUUGGUGUUCACCUUCAUAUUGCUUGAUAAAGAUUUGUAAUAAACUCAGAUUUGUUGGACUUA